CCCGGGAGUUUCGGUCAGAGUGAGCGGUCCUGUCUCUCCUCCCGUCAUAGAGCAGCUCUGCUCCGGUCAGAUCCACGGAGCUCCUCGGACUCGGAGCGGUUCGUUCGACAACUUUCUGCGAGAAAAAGUCCGAACUGAGCGGAAGGCUCGCUGUGCCGCUCCAGCUCUGUGCUGCGGUUCCGCUGGGCCGAACAGGCUGGACCUCUGCUCUGAGAUGCUGAGUGAAACCAAGAGGAAGUGCAGAUCUGGGGCAUUUCAUGCUGGUUUCCCUCAGCUGCUCUCAGUCCAAUCCAGACCCAGCUUGACCUGAACCUCUGAGCCGGAUCUGCCCUCCCACUCACAGGAAGAUCAGCCACAGCAAAUGGGAAUUCAGAGGAAUGACGGGACACGGGACUCUUGGCUGAAAGGCUGAGGCUUCUUUGUUUGCACCUUUACCUAGCAGAGGAUGUCGGCUGACAGCAGCCCCCCUCCUUCCCUGGCCUCACGGAGGUCCUUCCCAUCCUUAUCCCAGCCCCCAGCCCCAUCCCCAACGUCGCCGUCCCCGAGUCCGCCGGCCACCAUCUGCAGCCGGCUGUCUAACGGCAGUCAGACGGCCCCUAGUCCCACAAACUCCCGGGGGUCUCUACAUGGCAUCUCCUUCCUGCUCCAGAUCGGCCUCACCAGGGAGACGGUCACCCUGGACUGCGGAGACCUGUCGCUGUCUGCUGUCCGGGAACUGGUCUGCUCUGUUGUGGAUCAGAAGUUCCCUGAAUGUGGAUUUUUUGGGAUGUAUGACAAGAUCAUGCUGUUCCGCCAUGACCUGGGCUCAGACAACAUCCUGCAGCGCCUGACGUCAGUGGAGGAGAUCCAGGAGGGGGAUCUGAUCGAGGCGGUGCUCUCUGCUCUUGCCACACAGGAGGACUUCCAGAUCCGGCCUCAUGCCCUCUACGUCCACUCCUACAAAGCCCCGGCCUUCUGUGAUGACUGUGGGGAGAUGCUGUGGGGGCUGGUCAGGCAGGGGCUGAAGUGUGAAGGAUGUGGACUCAACUACCACAAGCGCUGCGCCUUCAAGAUCCCCAACAAUUGUAGUGGAAUGAGGAAGAGGCGUCCAUCAAAUGUGUCCCUGCCGGGCUCCAUCAUGACCGUGUCUCGCCCGCCUUCUGCUGAUCUCUCCCCGAUGCCACAGGACGAGCAGCGCCCCCUCCUGGGUGCAGGGAAGCGUAACUCACUGAUGAGUGGGCGUCCCAUCUGGAUGGAAAAGAUGGUCCUAGGUCGAGUUAAAGUUCCUCACACCUUUUCCAUUCACACCUACACCCGUCCCACCAUCUGCCAGUACUGCAAACGGCUGCUGAAAGGCCUCUUCAGGCAGGGGCUGCAGUGCAAAGAUUGUAAAUUCAACUGUCAUAAGAGAUGUGCCGGUAAAGCACCCCGAGACUGCCUGGGAGAAGUGGACUUUAACGGCGAGCCGCUGAGUCCCAGUCUGGAUUCUGAAGCCACCAUGGAGGUGGACAAUGACAUCAACAGUGAUGGUGGACAGAGCAUGGACGAACAGGAUGAGCUCUCCACCUCUGAAGACAAACUCUACUUCAUGGAGGGUCCCUGCACGGACAUGGAGAAAGAUGAUGAAACUAUCAGAGCAAUCAGCCCGUCCACCAGCAGCAACAUCCCACUGAUGCGGGUGGUUCAGUCCAUCAAACACACCAAAAGGAAGAGCUCCACAGUGGUGAAAGAGGGCUGGAUGGUGCACUACACCAGCAGGGACAACCUGAGAAAAAGACAUUACUGGAGGCUGGACAGCAAAACUCUGACUCUGUUCCAGAAUGAAAUUGGAGCCAAGUUUUACAAGGAGAUCCCUCUGUCGGAGAUCCUCCAGGUGAGGCCGGCGCAGGACCUAAGCAGUCUGCCCCCAGGCAGCAACCCCCACUGCUUUGAGGUCAUUACUGCCAACGUGGUGUACUUCGUCGGGGAAGACAACGGCAGCCCGCACCACUGCCCGGCGCUGGUUUCAUCCGGGGUGGGGCUCAAUGUGGGCCGGAGCUGGGAGAAAGCCAUCAGCCAGGCCAUGAUGCCAGUCACGCCCAAGGCCAGCGUCUGCAGCGGGCGGGGCCAGGGGAAUGACCACAAGGAACUCUCGGUCAGCAUAUCUGUGUCAAACUCUCAGAUUCAGGAAAAUGUCGACAUCAGUUCAGUGUAUCAGAUUUUCGCAGAUGACGUCCUCGGCUCGGGGCAGUUUGGAAUCGUUUAUGGAGGUAAACACAGAAAGAGUGGCAGAGACGUGGCAAUCAAAAUCAUUGAUAAGAUGAGAUUUCCAACCAAGCAGGAGAGUCAGCUGAGGAACGAGGUGGCGAUUCUCCAGAAGCUGCACCACCCCGGCAUCGUUAAUCUGGAGUGUAUGUUUGAGACUCCAGAGCAGGUGUUUGUUGUCAUGGAAAAGCUUCAUGGUGACAUGUUAGAGAUGAUUUUAUCCAGUGAGAAGAGCCGACUGCCCGAGCGCCUCACCAAGUUUCUGGUCAUGCAGAUCCUGGUGGCCCUCAGACAUCUUCACUUCAAGAACAUCGUCCACUGCGACCUGAAGCCCGAGAAUGUGCUGCUGGCCUCACCUGAACCGUUUCCACAGGUGAAGCUCUGUGACUUUGGCUUUGCCCGCAUCAUUGGGGAGAAGUCCUUCCGCCGCUCAGUGGUCGGUACACCGGCAUACUUGGCACCGGAGGUGCUGCGCAGCAAAGGCUACAACCGCUCUCUGGACAUGUGGUCUGUUGGCGUCAUUGUUUAUGUGAGUUUGAGCGGAACGUUUCCUUUCAAUGAGGAUGAGGACAUCAAUGACCAGAUCCAGAAUGCAGCCUUCAUGUACCCACCAAACCCCUGGAAGGAGAUCUCUGAGGAGGCCAAAGACCUGAUCAAUAACCUGCUGCAGGUAAAGAUGAGGAAACGCUUCAGCGUGGACAAAUCCCUGAGCCACCCCUGGCUGCAGGACUACCAAACCUGGCUGGACCUCCGGGAGUUUGAGACGCGGCGAGGCGAGCGCUACAUCACCCAUGAGAGCGAUGACGCCCGCUGGGAGGAAUACGCUGAUGAACGAGGCCUGCAUUACCCCAACCACUUUAUCAUGUCUCCCAACCUGGACGACAUGGAUGAGGAUCCCUAAAAACCCCGGAGGCUCCAUGACAGGAACCGCUUUCCCAUCAGCCUCCAGGGCGCCGUGUGAGCAGCAGGAUAGUCCGUGUCCACAGUCUUUUCUGCACUUGUUUUGUCUGCAAACAUCAACUUUGAAAUGCAUUUACGCUCCACAAAUGUAUCAGAAAACAUCUGUUAAAGAGAUCUUACUGCUAGCUAAGCUGUGGUGGAGCGGCCCACAAAGAAUCUGAACAUUUCAGAACCUAGUGUUCUAGAUCAGUCUGUGUAACUGGAAAAAGACACAAACGGCAGUCUUUGCUGUGUUGAUGGUUGUAGUGACUGAAUUAUCUUUGCACUUUGAGUGACUUCUGUCAGGAGCCAACUUCUGUCUUAUCUGUUACAUCCUUUUCUUUAAUGAAAACUGGUUAGGACGACCUUGGCUCAUAAGGUUCCUGCAGGCAUCACCAAAAAAGAUGAUGUUUGCCAUGAAAGCUGAUGGCUCAUUUUGAACCUGACAUCAGUCACAGCAACAAAAAGGAUGAAAAGGAAAAGAUACCUGCAGCUGUGGGGAAUUUAGAGGAACAGAAACUGACCUGCAAACACUGAACUAAUUCCAGUUCAUUUUUACAAGCAACAUUUUACAAAGAGUCAUGUUGUACUAAAGAUUCAGAGAGAGUUCUGUGUUUAAGGGAAAGGAGUCAUUGUGAUGAUUCUGCUCUGGUCCCACUUUGAGGAUCUGAGCUGCAGAAGGGCAGGUUUGUGAGCUUCGACCCUGUUGAGCAGACAUUCCACAUCUACAAACAUCAACUCUGAUGUUUGUGUACAUUCUCCUUAAAAGUUAAAGUCCCAUUAGCUGUCACACAUCUUGAUGUGUGAAAUUUGUUCUCAUUUGACCCCUCCCCUGUGAGCUUCAGACACAACUGCGCUCUAGAAGCAUUUGGUGGUUUAAUCCCAACCCAACUCCUUAACACUGAGUGUCGAGCUAGGAGGUAUUGGGUCCCAUUCUUUGGUAUGACCUAACCAUGGAUUUAAACUUAUGACCCUCCAGUUUCAGGGCGGACACUCUACCACAAGGUCAGAGAGCUGGUAGAGGGAAGGCCUGCUGUCAGUAAUCAAACCACAGUCCUAAAACUCCGGCCGCUCUCUUCUGACUUUAGACGUGAAGGAAAGCGCUCCUGCCAACUGUUCUUUUGAAAUGGGCGUUCAUCCUCUAUUAAAAGGAAAACUUUCAGCUCAUGUUUCACUCAUCAACAGGAGUCAAACAUGGAAACUUCAUCUAACAGUAUUUUUCUGGUGUGUUUGAUCCUAUUUGACUGGAAGAUUCCUUCUGUUCUGACUGAACUGGUUCAUGCUGGUUUCAGGAUUAUGUUCUGUCAUAAGAGUGUGGUUUCACACAUUAAACUCCAGGCAAGCUGUUAAAGAGCA